UUCCGCUUUCAGCAACGUUCCACUCUCUUGCGCAUAACUCUCGCGGUAUGCUCUCGCAAUCAAGCCAAUUCGCCACCCAAUAGACUUGCACUUCAUCCACCCAACGCCAGUUCGGUUCGAGUGAGUCGCGAGGGGGCUUUCGGUCAGCCUACAUGUGCCGUUGUUGCGUUGUCUGAAGGUUGGUGUUCUGGUCGCGGUUUAUUUUCUCUGUUCGCUUUUAUUCGCUGCUGUGCUGGCGCUUGCUGUCUGUCUAUUGUUUCUAUACAACAUAAACGAGUUCGCAGUGUUCGCAGGCUAUCAGCGGAAAAGGAAGAUGAACCAGUUGUGCUUGGUGAAACCCGCGACGAUUGUGUUCUUUAUUCUUGCUGUUGCAAACGGAUAUUCCUCGCCGCGAAGUUGUGGAACCUGCCCCCAAUAGUAGGAUACGAAAAUAGCACAACUUCCGUUCCACUGGCGAUUUUAUGUGUGUGUUUGUGUAUGUUUUUGAUUCCGACGAUAGAAGAGAAGUGUCACUGGAUUGUGGGUCCAUCGAGUGUGUGGACAGCCUACGGAAAACGACAUCUCAGAAGUUGAUCGACUCGGUGCAGGAAGUGCAAAAUCAGCGUGGCCCGUGAGUUAACCGCUGCUGUAGUGCACUGGCCGCAGCCGAAAGGAAGUGGAAUCUAUUUGUCAGAACGAGGAAAAAACGAAAAGUGUGGGCAGAAGAAAUCUUGAUAAAUUAAACCUAAACUAGCAGACGGGCCAAGGGGCGUCCGUUGUGGAAUGAAGUGAAAAAAAGUGCAAUUUAUUUUGUGCUCAUAUCAGUUAUGUUACGUUGCUGACAGCUACCAAAAGGAAACAAGCUUUCGGUGGAUUUUCCAGCGGAAAAAAAUAAUCAUUGUUGAACGACGAUUCGAAGGGCUAGGGAUCGGCAGCAACCUAGACUUUCUUCAGCUUUCGACUCAGGACAACGUGUUCCCAUGCAAGCAGCGGUGAAAUACAGCGCUAAGCCGAACGCCUCAGACGUGCAUAACUUACCGCGUCAAUUUACUUUACAACUGUAGCAAAUGUGAUUCCGGAGACAAACGGCCAGGCAUCAGAAAAUCCGCAAUCCAUACGAAGCAGGCGGCGGCGGAGGGAUAGAAAAGGCAUUCAACACAGACAGCGGGUCUAAUCUAAACAAUCUCUAAUGGACUAUGUCGUACUGCAAGGGCUGCUACGAUUCCAAGACAGUAAAUACACGCGGACGCCUACUUUGGUCAAGUGUGGUGACUGUUCCCGCGUGUGUGUUGGCGUUAGCGUAGGGUCCAUGCACGACAACGAGUUGCAUUAUACCUGGUGACAGCUGUGACAUCUACCAGCGAAAAAUUAGCAUAUGGACACAAAUCUUCAAUCAAUGUUCGCCAGUAGCACAAGCAGAUGCAUGAAAAUGAGUUUAUAGAGCUAUAAAAAUCCAACUAUGUGACCGUGAAUCUAUAAAUUCUAAGUAUACCAUAUAUGCCGGCAAAGAAACGUGAUUUAAGCAUUAAUUUGAAACAUUUAGUUUAUCUAAGUGUUCGCAAGCAUUCAACUUGAGGUGCCCGGCAUUCGAGACGACGAAGAAGCCAUUGAAAUCAAUCUUAGUGCGAUGUGAGCCAAGAGAGUCGGCAGAAGUGUGUUUCAAAAGUGCUUUCAAGUGUGUAAACAAACAAACGGAUCGCGAGAGCUAAGCCGCGAAGAUCAUCGGCAGCAGAAGAACCUGUUGAUUGGAGGGCAAAUGCCUUCACUAGCUACCAGUAGUGGGGCAGCUGUUGGUGUAGUUCGGAAGAAGUGAGGCUUACUCUUGCACAGAAAAAGGGUUUGGCUCAACAGCUUCGGUUUUUUGAUUCUAAUUAUUUAUGAGGAAGGCGUGCUAAAGUGGCAGAAAUUAGGAAACAGCAGAAAAGAUGUUGGGAGCACUCAAGCGGCGAUGGAGGACCACGCGAAGAUCUGUAUCAGCUGAUAACCAGUACGAGGCCGACAGAGAAGGUUCGAAUGAAAUAAUUCCUCCGACGCGGUACGUUGAGUUCCUCAAAGCAGAACGGGAUGAGAUGCUACCACCCCGAUACAUCGAAGUGCGCAAAGGACGAAUAGUUCUGGAAACACAGAAAGUUAUUGAUGCAGCAGACAUCAAGACUGAUGGAAAAGAUUCAUUUUCACGGUUUGCGAAAAGCAAAUUGGUGCUCGGUUCGCCUACGAUACCGGAACCUCCUGAUGGCUACGUACGGCCCAUGAUACGAAGUCAACCUCAGUCACCGGUGCAUGAGCGUGGAAAGUCGGAUAGUAUCGGAACCAACUGUUCUUCUCGGUCGGAGCCCUGCAAAAAUGCGGACCUACUUGAAGCCAGAAUAGCUGAACUAGAAGAUGCCUUAUUACGACUACAAGAUAGGGUAAACCAAAGCCAAUGUAAUUCGCCUACGCUUGAGAAAGAAAUAAAGGAGCAUUUAGAAAUAAUGAAUAAAGUAAUUAAAACUAAGGAUAAGCGAACGAUACAAGCAUGCAGAGAGCACAAAACACUACAGGCACGCUUUCAACGACAGGAAAACAGUUUGCUUAUCCUUCAAAACGAAAAUAAAUCCCUACACCAAAGAGUGAAACAGUACGAAGCUUGCCUUGACGACAUCAUGAGGAAGGUGGUAGAUGCCCUGGUGGCGGAGGAUUGUUUAAGAGACGAAGUUUCUAUUCUGAAAAACCGCGUUCGAGAUCUGGAAGCACAAAAUGCGGCCCUCACUUCCAGCCCAGCCAAAAGCCGAGACGAGGGGUAUUGCACGAUGAGCACCGGUCAGCCCCAACCCACUCAGGAGGGUCACCUGGAAGAGUUGCCUGAAGAGCCGGAGCAGUGGUUGGUUUCGGCAGAACCAUGCACUGCCGAGAUGGAAGAUUGGAGCAUGUCACAGGAAGAAUUGGCUACAGCCCUGGAAGAGGACGGCCACGAGUGGAUCUGGAAUUCAAGCUUUCUUACCACCAGCGAAACACAAACGGAAGAUGUAUCUGCACUAUUACAGGAACAAAUAGUGUACUCGGAAGACGAGGAAGUAGCAUGUACAAAUUUUACUCGAGAUUUUUAUAGACUGGUAAGUAUAAAGUCUGAAAGCAAUCGAAGCCUAAAGUCGCCGACGCCAGUGGACACCACGACUAGCAGCAGCGACGAAAACGAAAGACUGACGAGCCCCACUCCCAGCGAGGCGGGUCGAGCUCAAGUUCAUAGCUGUUCCUCCAGCGAAUCAAGUGAUGUCAUCACGGAGAAACAUGAACCUUCGCUUCCCUCACCACCUGCUUCACCACAACGGCAUCCUGUGACUGUUAUCCAUCCGGCUGCAACGACUGACCUACUUCAGGAUGUGCUAAUCACAUGCCACAAUCAGCAAAAAAUGCAACAAAACAAUAGGAAGUUUCAAAAAGACGGCACCCAGUCUGCGUCUCCCACGUGGCGACGGAGCAAUGGCUGGAGGCGAGUUCCCAGGAAUAGUCAUGAAACGCACAUCCCUGUUCCAAUUGCCUCGAAGGAUCGCUUCAAAUCGCCACCACCUGUGCCCGUACGAAGGCAUUGCGCCAGCUAGCCAUCUUUGUACUAUGUAGACUAAAACAAAAACGAAACAUGCAACAGAAACGUAACAGGUCUGACAUCGAUCAGGAAUUUGAAAACUAAUAAAUCGUUACAGCAAUGACACGAACUGUUUAGCUUUAGGCAUUGAAUUGUGAUAGUACAUUUAACAGAAACAAAAAUAAUCGCGACAGUAAGCAUAGGACUCAUAUAUCAUCUAACUAAUCACUGCCAAUUUCAUUGAAUCGCAUUGAGCGCUAUUCACAGCCUCACGUCGUGAAGGAUAAUGUUGUAGGACACCAAUCAAAUUGCUGGACAAUAAGACAGAAAGUAGAAAGUUGAUUCCUAUAAAGCAAGAUAAAAGCUCUAGAAGAUAACUGCUGCCUUGCGUUACGGGUGGUAACGCAAACGCAUCGCGCGUUAGCACAAACGAAGAGUAUGGUUGUGAUCUUCGCUGAACUUGAGCACUGAACUAACGUUAAAACGAUAUUUCUGAGGGGAGAUGAAAUGAAAUACAUUUUUGCAGACAAUACACAUUUUUGAUCAUUUUAAACGUGAAAUUCGUAGGAACUCACAUCGUAGGAUAAAUGCAACCGACAACUUACGAAAUCUCAACUUCAAGUUAAUGUUUUUAUUUGCUAGUCAAACUAGCAUUUAAUUGUUUUCUGAUUGAAAGCUCUGCAAAUGAAGCUAAAAGUGUAUUUUCGUGGUUCCUUAUUAACAUCUAUAACAAAUUCAUCAGUUAUUCUCAUGGUUUACGAGCAAAAUAAGCUUCACUUUGUUUCAAUCGUAAAAAAUCUGUUAUUUAAUUGUGGAUGGAAAGGUAGAAUAGAGAAGUACAAAUGUCUGGUUACUCACAGUAGUGGUAGCAAUGGUAGCAGUGUUCGAAAGUCAAGUUAAAAUUUCAUAUCCAAACUAACCAAACUUAAAAUCUAUUCCAUCUAAUGUGUAGAUCCACGCCCGAUUGUUUUAGAUUGCGUUUAUCUGGCAUGAUAUCAGUAAUGAAUUCACGAUUCAUUCGGCGAGUGACUAAAAUGUAAAACUUUGUAACUAAUCGACUUAUAUAAACCAUGUAUUAUACAAUAUUUUUGUAUUUCUCGAACUAGCAUACGUUUGUAGACUUUCUAUGUAUAAAAGUAAGCCAAAACAUUCAAACGGUUCUCAUAGUGUUUCAAAAAAUACAAGAACAGGUGUAAUUUAUUCGUUGUUUGAAUUAUACAAAUAAACGGUAUAUAUUCUUUCCUCCUGAAAAAUAUCUAUUUAUGAUAACUUACAAUAACCAAUUGUUUAUACGAAAAUUGUAUGAGUAAUGGUCGAAUAAUAUUGAUAAAAAUCAA